GGCUCGGGGUGGGGGCGCCCUGCGAGGAUAGGGCGGGGGGGGACGCGCGCCGAGGAGGCCUGGACCGCAGAGUGGGGGGCCUUCCUCCCCCCCCCGCCCCCGCCAGCGGGCCUCGGACCUACGCCGGCUGCAUCCGACCCGGAGUGGGGGCCGCGCUUAGCGUGAACCCCGACCCUUCUCCGCAGGGACUGGGGCCCAGCGCCCGGGAGGAAAGCGUCGCGGGUGCUCUGAGAGCCAAGUUCGAGGCGGGGGAGGCAGCCUCGGGCGCGCCCGGCUUCUCCGGGGGGGCGGGCGCGCAGAUGGCCACUCAGGUGGAGCCGCUGCUGCCGGGGGGCGCCCCGCUCUUGCAGGCCGAAGAGCACGGGGGGCUGGUAAGGAAGAAGUCGCCGCCGCCACCCGAAGGCAAGGGCGAGCCUGGGGCGAAAGACGUCGGAGGGGGGGAGCCGGACGGCGGCGCCCGGAGACCUCGGCCGACCUGCGCCAAACCACACAAGGAAGGCUCCGGGCAGCAGGAACGCGAGAGCCCGCGGCCGCCGCAGCCACCCGGCGCGGAGGGCCUGGCGGUCAGCGACGGGGAGGAGGGCGGCGGCGGCGAGCCGGGCGCUGGCGGAGGAGUGAUCGGAGCCGCGGGCGUCGGGCGCCGAGACUUCGUGGAGGCCCCUCCGCCCAAGGUGAACCCGUGGACUAAGAACGCGCUGCCGCCGGUCCUGGCCACCGUGAACGGGCAGUCUCCUCCAGAACAUUCUGUUCCAGCCAAGGUGGUGAGGGCAGCAGUUCCUAAACAGCGCAAAGGCAGCAAGGUUGGUGACUUUGGAGAUGCAAUCAACUGGCCCACACCUGGAGAGAUAGCCCACAAGAGUGCACAGCCACUGUCCCACAAACCUCAGCCUGCCCGCAAGCUGCCACCCAAAAAGGACAUGAAGGAACAGGAGAAAGAGGGGAGUGACAGUAAGGAGAGCCUGAAAACCAAGUCGGAUGAAUCAGGGGAGGAGAAGAAUGGGGACGAGGAUUGUCAGCGAGCGGGGCAGAAGAAGAAAGGGAACAAACACAAAUGGGUUCCGCUACAAAUUGACAUGAAGCCUGAAGUGCCCAGAGAGAAGCUGGUCUCGCGCCCUGCUCGCCCACCAGAGCCACGACACACACCUGCCAGCCGUGGAGAGAUCAAAGGAUCUGAGCUUGCCACCUACAUGCCCGUGCCCAUGGCUCCCACCACCCAGGCCUGGCAACCAGAGACCAAAUCAGAGCCCACCUGGCAUGACCAGGAUGAGACAUCAAGUGUGAAGAGUGAUGGGGCUGGUGGGGCACGGGCUUCCUUCCGUGGACGUGGACGGGGGCGUGGUCGCGGCCGGGGUCGCGGCCGGGGUGGCACUCGAACCCAUUUUGACUACCAAUUUGGCUACCGGAAGUUUGAUGGUACAGAGGGGCCUCGUACCCCCAAGUAUAUGAACAACAUCACCUACUACUUUGACAAUGUCAGCAGCACUGAGCUCUACAGUGUGGACCAGGAGCUUCUGAAAGACUACAUCAAGCGCCAGAUUGAAUACUACUUCAGCGUGGACAACUUAGAGCGAGACUUCUUCCUGCGACGGAAAAUGGAUGCUGACGGUUUCCUUCCCAUCACUCUUAUUGCUUCCUUCCACCGAGUGCAGGCCCUCACCACUGACAUUUCACUCAUUUUUGUGGCCCUAAAGGACAGCAAGGUGGUGGAGAUUGUUGAUGAGAAAAUCCGAAGGAGAGAGGAGCCAGAGAAAUGGCCUCUUCCUGGUCCUCCGAUAGUUGAUUAUUCCCAGACUGAUUUCUCCCAGCUUCUCAAUUGCCCUGAGUUUGUGCCCCGCCAGCACUAUCAGAAGGAGACAGAGUCGGCGCCUGGCUCUCCCCGUGCAGUCACCCCAGUGCCAACCAAAACAGAGGAGGUCAGCAACCUAAAGACCCUGCCCAAGGGGCUGUCUGCCAGCCUGCCUGACCUGGAUUCUGAGAACUGGAUUGAAGUGAAGAAGAGGCCUCGGCCUUCCCCGGCACGACCCAAGAAGUCUGAGGAGCCCAGGUUCCUCCACCCAACCUCUCUGCCUCAGCAGCUGCCCUCUCAGCAGCUGAUGCCCAAGGAUCAGGACGAGCAAGAGGAACUGGACUUCCUGUUUGAUGAGGAGAUGGAGCAGAUGGAUGGGCGGAAGAACACCUUCACCGCCUGGUCUGACGAGGACUCCGACUAUGAGAUUGAUGACCGGGAUGUCAACAAGAUCCUCAUUGUCACCCAGACACCACCUUACAUGCGCCGGCACCCCGGGGGGGACCGCACAGGCAACCACACCUCACGGGCCAAGAUGAGUGCUGAGCUGGCCAAGGUCAUUAAUGAUGGGCUCUUCUAUUAUGAGCAGGACCUGUGGACUGAGAAGUUCGAACCUGAGUAUUCCCAGAUCAAGCAAGAAGUUGAGAACUUCAAGAAAGUCAACAUGAUCAGCCGGGAGCAGUUUGACACACUAACCCCUGAGCCCCCUGUAGAUCCCAACCAGGAGGUCCCUCCUGGACCACCCCGCUUCCAGCAAGUUCCCACUGACGCGCUGGCCAACAAGUUGUUUGGUGCUCCUGAGCCUUCCACCAUUGCCCGCUCUCUACCAACCACUGUCCCAGAGUCGCCAAACUACCGCAAUGCCAGGACCCCCCGCACUCCCCGGACACCUCAGCUCAAAGACUCAAGCCAGACAUCACGGUUUUACCCAGUGGUGAAGGAAGGACGGACCCUAGAUGCCAAGAUGCCUCGGAAGAGAAAGACAAGACACAGCUCAAACCCACCCUUGGAGAGUCACGUGGGCUGGGUGAUGGACUCCCGAGAGCACAGACCUCGGACUGCUUCCAUCAGCUCCAGCCCCUCUGAAGGGACACCUGCGGUUGGCAGCUAUGGCUGUACCCCUCAGUCACUGCCCAAAUUCCAGCAUCCUUCCCAUGAGCUGCUCAAGGAAAAUGGCUUCACACAACACGUCUACCACAAGUACCGUAGGCGCUGCCUUAACGAGCGGAAACGCUUGGGCAUCGGCCAAUCUCAGGAGAUGAACACUCUCUUCCGCUUCUGGUCCUUCUUCCUCCGAGAUCACUUCAACAAAAAAAUGUAUGAAGAGUUCAAGCAGCUGGCUUUGGAGGAUGCCAAAGAAGGCUACAGAUAUGGUUUGGAGUGCCUUUUUCGAUACUACAGUUAUGGCCUGGAAAAGAAGUUCCGGCUGGACAUAUUCAAGGAUUUUCAGGAGGAAACCGUGAAGGACUAUGAAGCCGGCCAACUCUAUGGGCUGGAGAAGUUCUGGGCCUUCUUGAAAUAUUCCAAAGCCAAAAACUUGGACAUUGACCCCAAACUUCAAGAAUACCUCGGCAAAUUCCGACGUCUCGAAGACUUCCGAGUGGAUCCCCCCAUGGGUGAGGAGGGCAAUCACAAGCGACAUCCUGUGGCAGCAGGAGGUGGCAGCAGCGAGGGGAGGAAGCGAUGCCCCUCCCAGUCUUCCAGCAGGCCAGCCACCAUGAUCGGCCAACCCCCGACACCACCCACUGGCCAGCACCUCCGGGACGAUGCCAAAUGGACAAGCCAGCACUCGGACGCACAGACUUUGGGAAAGUGAAAAGCCCCUUUAGCCCUGGGGUUUUGGGGUGGGGAGGGGAUGGGAGGAUGGGUGAGAGUCUGUAGGGGUGCCCAGUCCCAGGAGAGGGGACAGAGAAGGAACAGGCCUAGAGUCAUUAGGAUGGGCCUUUGUGCUGAGUAGUAAUGUGUGCAUCAUUUGGGCUAUCAGAGGUGCCCCUGGGCAGGAGCCUCCACACACCCCCUUCCCCCUCCUCUCUCCAUGACUCUUCACAUCCUAGCUUCUUCUAAGGGGGGGGAGGGGUGGGGGGAGAUUUUUUAUAUAUAUAUAUAUAUAUAUCAAGUUUUAAAUUAUUGAUAGUU